AUGUUGACGAUUCCUAUUCUGCCAGCAGAACUCGUCAUUAAAAUCCUCUUAAGGCUUUCGACUCGAGUUCGACCUGAAAUCUUCUUAAGGCUUCCGGUGAAAUCGCUCUUGCAAUACAGGUCGGUUUCAAAAUAUUGGCUUGAUUUAAUAUCUAGCCCUAGAUUUAUCAAGUCUCAUCUCAGUUUAUCGACUAAAACAUCUUACUUGACUAUUCCCAUGAAGGAACCUUAUGAAUCUAAUCGUAUUUUGAGUUCUGUGAAUGGAUUGAUUUGUCUAACUUAUCGUGCUGUUUGUGAAUGGGAAACUUCAUUGGACUCCUCUUACUUCUGGUCAUAUAAUACCAAGGAAAUCAGUCGGAACAUCGUUUCUUUUGAUUUGACUGAUGAGAAAUGGGGAAAGGCAGAGAAGCCCACCUUCGGGGAAGGAGAUAUUGCUUCACGGCUAGAAGUGUUGGGUAGUAAUCUUUCUGUCUUUUGUUAUAACAAGCGAAGGUAUGUAUCUGUUUGGGUUAUGAAAGAGUACGGGGUUAAAGAAUCUUGGAAAAAGAUGAUUACCAUCAAUUAUUUUGAUACGCCAUAUGUGCAUGAACAACCCUAUUUCAUGUCAAAUAAAGGUGAAGUUUUGGUUGGGUUUUCACGAAGUUUCAAGAUCUACAAUCCAAAAGAUAACUCGUUCAGUCCAAAAAUUAUUAACUAUGAUCAAGAAGCUGCAGAAAUCUACAUUGAAAGCCUAGUUUCUCCGUUUCCAUCGGAGGACCGGACUAGUGAUGCAACAAAAAUAGAGGCGAAGAAAAGCUCUGAUAAAGACAAUCAAGUGCUUCCUCUGGAGGCUGAGUAUUCCAAAGGCGAUCCAUAUCGCUGA